UGCUUGUCAACGGUAAAGGGCGACCAUGAAGGAGGUCAAGCAGGAGGAAGUCGGGUCUAUCGACAAACCUCGAACAGCAUUGAUCCUCUACGGCUCAGAGACCGGCAAUGCCCAAGAUGUCGCCGAAGAGAUCGGUCGGCUCACAGAAAGACUACAUUUCGAGACGACAAUACUCGACCUCGACUCGGUCCAGCUCCGAGAUGUCGUCAAGCCGACCAUUGUCAUAUUCGCCAUCUCCACAGCUGGACAAGGAGAAAUGCCGCAGAACGCCCGGUCAUUCUGGAAGAAACUCUUAAGCAGUGCACUACGGCCGGGCAUCCUUCGCAAGGUUCGAUUCUCUUCAUUCGGACUCGGAGACAGUUCGUAUGCGCAAUUUAACGUUGCGCAUCGUAUGUUGCAUGGACGGCUACUUCAACUUGGCGCAAAGCCGUUUUGUGAGAGAGGCGAGGGCAAUGAGCAGCAUCCGGAAGGCCACAGCGCGGGAUUUCGAGAGUGGGUUGUUCUGUUCAGGAAGACAUUGCUGGAAGCCUUCCCACUGCCGCAGGACAUUGAACCAAUACCAGACGAUGUCUUCAUUGAGCCAAAGUGGAAGCUAGAGAUGAUCGAGUCAUCGCAGAACGGAUCGCUCGCACUAUCAGUGCACGGAGACGCCGACGGGAAUCACACCAACGGAGUAUCUACCACAUCAACCGACACGCCUCAAGACAUCCCAGAUGACUCUCUCAUCCCCAUUGUUGAUGGCUAUACAGCAAGCAUCGCCUCGAACGAACGUCUCACGUCUCCAGACCACUUCCAAGACGUCCGACUUCUCGACCUUCGCAUACCGCGAGAGAUCUUCUAUGGUCCCGGCGCGGUGGGCGUCGUCUAUCCGAAGAACUUCCCUUCAGAUGUCGAUACCUUCAUCGACCUCAUGGGCUGGACUUCCAUCGCCGACACACCUCUACGUCUCAUUUCCGCUAUACAGUCUAGUGCCACAACCCUCAGUACCCCUUCACCUCUCCGAAACUUCGACCUCGCCUCCUCAACCAGCCCACACCUCACAAUCCGCUAUCUCCUAACCAACAUCCUCGACAUAAUGUCCGUUCCCCGCCGCACCUUCUUCGCCUCCCUCUCCUACCUUCUGCAACCAACGGACUCAGACUCGGAUAUGGCUUACCAAAAGACUCGCCUCCUCGAACUCGCCGAUCCUUCCCUCAUCGACGAACUAUGGGACUACACUACCCGUCCCAAACGCACCAUCCUCGAAGUCAUGAUGGAUUUCACUCAAGUCAAAAUCCCUUACCAUCCGAUCAUCAAGUAUCGGAGGCGAUACGGCGUGGCAACACGGUACAUCGCUACUCUCCGCGCGGGUCAGAAAAUCUCAAUCGGCGUGCAGCCCGGCUACCUUGACGUGUCGCCUGCCGAACUCGACGUACCAGCCAUUAUGAUCGGACCAGGGACAGGUCUGGCGCCGAUGCGAAGUUUGAUCUGGGAGAGAGCCAUGUGGCGGUUGCAGAUCUCAUCUACCUCCUCAGCACCUCGGGACGAAACGUCAACCAAAGAUCUCCUCUUCACUGGCCACCGCUCACCAAGCUCCGACUUCUUCUUUGCCUCCGAAUACCCCACUUUCCCGACCCUUACAGUCCAUCCAUCUUUCUCUCGCUCUCCUGAACAUCCGCGGCAAUACGUGCAGGACUCCAUCCUGGCGCAUAGUAAGGAGGUUUACACCGCGCUUGUAGAGAAGGGCGGCAGGGUAUUCGUUUGUGGAAGGAGUGGUGCUAUGCCUAAAGCGGUAAGGGAGGCGAUCUGCCAGGUUCUGGAAAUGGAGUCUGAGGAAGGGAUGAGUGGGGAGGAAGCGGAGAGGUGGGUUGCAAGAUUAGAGAAGGAGGGUAGGUGGAGGCAAGAGACUUGGUGA